AUGGAAGCAAAACCUGUUCAAUUAUUUGUUGACCCAAUUCAUAUGACUGAAGAUCAAUUUGUAAUAUUACUUAAUGACAUUGAAGGAAAUAAAGAACUUAUUGAACGUAUCUUAGACACUCGUAAGAAUUUUAUUAAAAAAUAUACUCAAAUCUUACAUCAAAGUGGUUUAUUUAUGGAUAAUUAA